UGGGGGGAGCAGGAGCAGGAGCACAUCUCCUGCCCGCCUGCUGCCUGCCAGCCCCCUCUUUGUUUCACACAGCUUUCUACCGGGAGAGCGCGCACACCUCCGCGUCUCUCCGGUAGGCACGAGCUCCGAUUGCUUCUCGUUUCUACUGUUUUGGCGCAAAUCUGAGGCUGGGAAUCGGUCUGAGUUGAGUUUUUGUGGUCAGAGCGAGGCUGAGCAUCCUCUGAGGACGAACCCGUCUCGCCCUGCAAGUGCAACAAUUCGCGCACUCUUCCAGCAGCAGCAGCUCGAGGAUGGGGGGUGUGCGUGGUGCCAGUGGGCUGCAGAGUCUGGCUGUUCUCCUGUGUCUCUGGGCUGGAUGGGGUCUGAUUAAAGCAGAAACAUUUGUAACUGUGCGCAGAGUAACACACCCAACUAUCCGUGAGCCACUGUCAGGCUCUGCCUUCUUCCCCUGUGUCCACUUCGUGCAGCUGGACCCAUCCCAGCAUACCGGGACAUCCUGUGUCCACUGGACACUCCUGCGUGAUGGAGUGGAGACUCCAGUUCUUUGGGCUGUGGAUGGGGUGGUCCGGGUGCACCAUGCGUUUGCAGGCAGGGUUGGCCUGCCUGGAUUCUCCCGGGAUGACCUGAACGCCUCCCUGUCCCUCUCACAGCUCCGCACCAAUGACUCCGGAACCUAUCGCUGCCACCUUUCUCUGGGAGACACUUACGAGCAGGACACUGUGCCUCUGGAGGUUACAGGGGUUGUGUUUCAUUAUCGUGCGGCUGCUGAGCGCUACUCUCUCUCCUUUGCGGAUGCUGGGCGAGCAUGUGAGCAGAACUCGGCUCAGAUGGCCUCUCCGGAGCAGCUGUGGUCCGCUUUCCAUUCGGGCCUGGACAGCUGCUCAGCUGGCUGGCUCAACGACCAGACCGUCAGGUACCCCAUCCAGAAGCCAGAGCUUGGUUGCUACGGACACAAAGAGUACUCGCGUGGCGUGAGGAAUUAUGGGAAGCGAGAUCCAUCUGAGCUGUUUGAUGUGUACUGUUUUGCCAGUGACAUGCAAGGUGAGGUGUUUCCCUCAGCUCCAGGGAAGCUGACCCUGCCUGAGGCCACUGCACACUGUGCAUCACUGAGCAGCCAGCUGGCCUCUGUAGGGCAGCUCUACUUAGGCUGGAGGUCCGGCUUGGACCACUGUGAUCCAGGCUGGCUGGCAGACGGGAGCGUGAGGUACCCAGUCAUAAGAUCACGACCUGAGUGUGGAAGUAGAGAUCCAGGUGUCCACACGCUCUCGCCCUCUGCGCUUGGCAAUGAAACCACCCUGUUUGGUGCAUAUUGCUUUAAAGAAACACAAGGAUCCAGUUCACCCUCUCAGCAAUCUGCCCACCAACCAUCUAACUGGACUGGUCAGGUGGAUCUGGACAAGGAGCCUGCCAUUGCAGCUGAAUUCCCAGAGUCUUCUGAUGAGUAUGUGACCAUUCACCUCCAGGUGGGGGACACAUCAUUGGACUGGAGUGGCCAGGUGGACUCACUCCAGGAAAAUCAGCAGGAUGGUUCUUCUCCAGGUUCCGGCAUCACCCUAGAGAGUCAGGGUGGAUCAGCAAAAGAGGAAGAUGAGGAUGAUGAAGGUCUUUCUGGUCAACCAGUCACCAUGGCCACUCCCACCGCCACACCCACAGCCACACCCACCACCACCGCACAGAUAAAAGCAAGAAGUCCCAUCAAGAACAUCAUGAGCUCACUGUGGAAACCCUGGAAUUAUCUGACAGGAAGUGAAGGGGAGGAGCGAGGGAUCACCCAGAAUCCUGUUACCACGGUGACAGCUGGGAUGAACCCUACAGUUUCUGCGAUUUCUUCUGCUACAAAGUCUGCUGCUUCUCCAGCACCAGGGCCAGUGUCCUGGUGGGGACGAACAUGGUUCACCAACCCUUCUUCAACUGGGGAUAAAUCCUCCAUCCCUCCUGAACCUGAGACUGUGGCAGCCCCAUCAGGAGUGCCAUCAGUAACCCCAUCAGAAGUUCCCUCAGCAGUUCCUUCAGAAGGUCAAUCAGCAACUCCAACAGCAAUAACUUCAGAAGUUCCAUCAGCAAUCCCAUCAGUGGGACCAUCAUCAGCCCCUUCAGCAGUCCCAGUAGUGAUCACUGGAGAAGGCCUUGACUCAAGUGUGACUGUAGCCAUAGGAGAAUGGGCAGUUGUAACUGAGGUUCUGCAGCAGGGAAGCAUGACCACUGGCCUAGGGAAUGAUGCUGAUAGCAAUCAUGGGUCCUUAUCAGUCCCACUGAGUAAGACACAUGAGGAGAUGAGGAAAGUAUCUGGGGUACCAGACGACUCUGUGGAAGUCAGAGAAACAGAGAGCAGUUCCUGGGGAGAAUUGGACCUCUCAGAAAGUACCUCCAAAACCUCAGCAAUGGGAACAUUAACAGUGAUUCCUUCUAGCAUUCCUACCAGUACAGAGGCCAUUGUAGCAACCACUACACGAGUGGAUGAAAGCACGGCUGUGGAGGCUCGUGGUGAAAUCCAGUACAAACGCAAGAACAGACUGAGACGGCCAGGCCAGCGUAAUCAGGAAAUGACCACCACAAUGAUCAUCCCCACACUGUCAACAGGAUCUGAGACGGAAGAUGGAGCCCAGGCCACACCAAGCCCUCAAGUGCAUACCUCAGUACCUACUACUGUAGGAGAGACAAGAGGAGUCUCUCCAACAACUGUGGAUCAGGUCCAAUUGUCAAGCUUUGGAACCUUGUUGCCUGGCAACCCAGAGAGUGGCCAUGGCAAUUCUGAGGCCAUUAAGAGCAAUGGUUCACAUAGUUCUGAAGCCGCAGACAGAUGCAGUUGUUUGCAUGGUGGAACGUGUCUGCCGGAUGGAGAAGGCUUCCGCUGCUUCUGCCCACAGGGCUACACAGGAGAGAGCUGUGAGAUUGAUGUUGAUGACUGCCUAUCUAACCCGUGUGAGAACGGUGGCACCUGCAUUGAUAAAGUGGACUCUUUCAUCUGCCUGUGCCUGCCCAGCUACAGCGGAGACAUGUGUGAGAAAGACACUGAGGGCUGUGAGCAUGGCUGGAAGAAGUUUCAUGGUCACUGCUACAGGCUCUUCCCCCACCGGCACACCUGGGAGGAUGCCGAGAAGGACUGCAGAGAGCACAGCGGUCACCUGACCAGCGUUACCUCCACCAUGGAGCAGGACUUUCUCAACGGUCUGGGCCAUGAGAACGUGUGGAUUGGGCUGAAUGACAGAACAGUGGAGGAAGACUUCCAGUGGACAGACAACAUGGACCUGGUGUACGAGAACUGGCGGGAGAACCAGCCGGACAACUUUUUUGCGGGCGGAGAAGACUGCGUAGUGAUGCUCUCUCGAGAGGAUGGCAAGUGGAACGACGUGCCCUGUAACUACAACCUGCCCUACAUCUGCAAGAAGGGCACAGUGAUGUGUGGAACUCCCCCUGCUGUGGAAAAUGCAUACCUAGUGGGUCGGAGGCGGUCUCACUAUGACAUUCACUCGGUGGUGCGUUACCAAUGUGCCGACGGCUUCUUCCAGAGACAUAUCCCCACGGCCCGCUGCCGGCCCAACGGAACCUGGGAGAGGCCCAAGAUCAUCUGCACCAAGUCGCGGAGGUCCCACCGUUACCGUCGGCAACACCACAGAUCCCACCACGAGCACCGGCGACACCGGCGACACGGGGCUGGCCACAGGGGGCGGGAUUAGAGUCGCCGAUCAACACCACCACCACCCGUGGAUCCCUGUGUGACGUCACUUCUUCUGCUCCAAGCUCUGAGGUGCAGAGGAGAGCAAAAGAGGGCCUCCAAGGACAGAAAUGAUAGUGUCAUUUUUCUCACUCUUUUCUCUUUUUAGAGGUUCUUUUUUUCUUUCAAGCAAAAUUGUGUUUUGAACCGUCUUUUCUCUCUCCCUUCACUCUUGGAUUUAGUUACAAUGUUGAUCUCCGUCUCCCUGAGGGGGGAGAAACUGACUCUUCUGACGUUGCCACUAAUAUAUGACUUAGUUUAAUAUAUUCAGAGUUGACGUUAACAUAAUUAAUCAGUUACGGUUUGAUUGCAGGGCAGGUUCUCCUGACUGACUGAUCAAUUAUACCUGUGUGUUUGAGGCUGGUUCUUAUGGCAGUCAGAUUACCCUUGGUAGGAACAUUUGUAUCGAUUUUCGUUGUAGUGGCAGAAUGUUCUCAUAGGUCUUGCAGAGUUAUCUAUUUGGGUUAGAGUUAUGUAUAUCCUCUUUGUAGUGCAAUAAUGCUUUAACGAAUGUGGCCCAAAACCCCAAAAAAGAAAAAAACAGCCCCCUCUUGUUGAUGCCUGCUUAUAUCACAAUACCAAUAACCCUUGUUGCGGCACAAUGAAUGAAAUUAGCUUUUUUUGACCCAUCAUUUUUUUUUAUCUAAAGCCUAUGAUUGCUGUCAUGAGAAAACUCUGAUUUUCCAUGAGAGGUCGAUGUUACACUGUACUGCUUUAACAAUUAUUCAAGGUGUUUAUGUGUUUUUUACUCUCUCAGAGCCAUAAAAAUAACCUGUUGACAUAUAGAUGGAGUGUUAGAUUCCAGUAAAGUGUUUAAAAAGGAAGAAAAAAAAGUUUCAGUGAGCUGAGAUCCAAGAUUUUCUCAUGGCAGUGACACUAUUUAGCACUCUUCAUUUCAACCUUAGCAUUAAUUAAAACACUAAAAGUCUAAUUAACAUAGUGUGACUAAUUCAUAGACUUGGUUGCAAAUGUUGUUAAUUAAUAUGCUUCAUUCAUUGAUGGAGGUUGGAACUGCAGAGUGAUUCUUGUCUGUUUGGCUGGCAAAGCACAUGUAUAUUGAGUUUUUAUGCAUGUGGGCUACUGAAGCAGUAGGAGCACAGUGUGCGUUCUCAGAAACAGGAACCAGAGGUAGUAACGAAAAGUAAUAUAAACCUUAGUUCCGAAAAAGUUGGGGCAAUAUGUGAAAUGCAAGUAAAAACAGAAAGCUGUGAUUUAGUGAUGGGGUGUGAUGGGGUAAUGGGGCAUUUUAAGACUAGGAACGUUGUUAAAUGUUCAAGAAAACAUUUUUAAAACAAAUGAUGUAUUCUUACUUCGGUAUAAAAGGAGCAACCAAGAAAGGCCUAGUCUUAAGAUGGCUAGAGGCUUGCCACUUUGCCAAAAAAUGCAUAGUCCAGCUGUUUAAGAACAAUGUUUCUUGAUGAGUUUUGAAUUUUAGGUAUUUUCCCCUCUACAUUGUAUAAUAUUAUUAAAACAGUCAGGUAAUCCAGCAAAAGCCAUAUGUCAACAACAUCAAGAAACACCACAAACACCACCAUCUUCUCUGGGCUUGAGCUCAUCUGAAAUGGACUGAUACACAGUGGAAUCAUAUACUGUGGUCGAACAAGUCAACCUUUCAGAUUAUUUCUAGAAAUAAUGGAGGCCAUGGUCUCUGAGCUAAAGAAGUAAACGGCUAUCCAGAUUGUUACCAGCAAGUUCAAAAGACAGUGAUUGUAACUGUAUCAAGGUGUAUUAGUGCCCAUGGCAUGGAAUGUGUGGAAGCACUAUUAAUGCUGAAAAGUAUAUAUUUUAGACCUAUGCUGCCUUUUAGAUGCCGUCUUUUUCAGGGAUGUCCGUGCUUAUUUCAACAUGGCAGCACCAGGAACCAUUCUGCACAUGUUACAACAGCAUAGCUGCGUAAUCAGAGAGUGAAAGUGAUAGACUGGCCUGCCUGUCUCCUAUUGAAAAAGAAAAGGUGAUACAAUACAGUGGUAAACAGGCUCCUGUCCCAACUUUUUUGGAACAUGUUGCACGCAUUAUAUUUGGAAUUAGUAAAAUGUACAAAAAAUACUGACAUUCAUAAGUGAUCAAGUAUUAUGUUUUGUCCUUUUUUCUAUUUAAUACAAGUCAAACAAAAUGUACUGCUUUCUGUUCAUGUGAGCAUUUUACACACUGUCCCAAAUAUUGUGGACAUGGAUUUAUACAUCAUGAAAUCCCCAUCACAAAGGACACUACAUCCCCAUGAAAUUUACUACUGAGAGCAAAGAACAACACAGGACGACUUAAGGAAUAUGAUGCACUAUGCACUAUACUAUAGACUAAAUGACAGCAGCAGAGGCUAAGAUGCUAACAAACACCACAUUAUGACGGCCGUUAGUUCUGGCAUGUUUCCCUGCACUUAGCAGAAAAGAACAGGAAACCUGAACUUGAAAGUUACUUAGCAGCUUCCCAUUGCCUUCUAUGAUAGUAUGUUUAGAGCCAAAGGUUUUCUGUUCUUCUUUUCUCAGUACAGAGGAAAUACUGUCCAUAUACAACAUGAGUUUUCCUUUAUAGCAAUGGAUGCUAUCUGUCAGCAUGUUAGCCACUCCUGCAGUGACUAUCUGUAUAAGCAUUUUAGUCUAGCAACUCUUUUAUAAUGUGCAAGAAAUUUAAUAUUGGCAAUUGAAAGCAUCCUAAAUCUAGUCAAUACUUAUAAUGUUUCUAAAUAAGAGAUUGUUGUAAUAAUAUAAGAUUAUUUCUCAUUAUUUUUUAUUAAGUAAUUUGUGUAAGAACUUGUCAUAUUAGCAUUUUGCUUGUUUUAACCCCUGAAAAUCCCAUGCUUAUCACAUACUAGGGCUUAGUUUUUAGUAAGGGACUUCAAUGCAAACUGGCUAGGUUAUAAAAGUGUGUGAUUUAAGGGGACAAGCAUUAUUACUUGAACAAGCAAAUUUGUAUGCAUUAUGUCUUGAAACCUAAUUAUUCUCCAAUAUAAUGUCAAUUUCACUGUAUACAGUUACUGCAAGUAAGUUUGAAAUUAUCUAGAAAUAAGUCACAAAUAAUGUUUUCAUAUCCUUACAACAAUUUCAAAUUUUCAAAUAGUAGAUGUAUUGACUCGAUUUAAGCUGUAUUCAUUUGCCAAGAUGCAUAUUUGUGCAAAAGUGUAGUCAAAUUAUAUAUUUUGUUGAUUUUCUAAUGUAAAAUAAGUUGCACAUCCUCUACUGAGAACACACUUCUGCACAUUCGAAUGCACAAUAACUGUUUAUUAGCUGAAUUACAUGCUAAAUUUAGCUAAUAAAUCAAAAUUGUGCAUUAAAAUUGGGCAAAGAUGUUUUCAAUAAGUUUGUCCACUGUAGAGAAACUCAUUGUCAUUUAGCAAAUCAACAGAACAUUAUUUGACUGGGGGUGUACAAACUUUUGAAAACUGUAUCAUUUUUUGCGGUGCAUUUCUAUCCUUGAUUUUGCAUUUCCCUUUCUGAGUUGUGUCUGGGCUUCACUUCUGUUUCAUGCAAAUAUGGCUUGAACCACGCUCUGAGCCUUCUUCCAGAACGUUCCACACAUCAAGCAGCCAAUUAAGAUAUGUUUCUUACUCACUGUGAUUGUUCCGCACUCCCUCCAUAUUAAUGAAUGUAGGCUGUACAGUGUAUCAAGGGCUGCUUUAAAGCACAGACACUGAGUGUAGAUUUGGACUAAAGGGACCUGCCGUGGCGUUUUUAGUCUACAUACUGUACACGCAGACGCGGCUGAGCGUCUCUUCAGCAGGAGCUUUCUGUCUACAGUGUGAUCAUUAAGGUGCAGCGCUGCUCUGUCGGAUUUGGGGAUAUUGUGGUUGAACCGCGUGACAUUUUGUUGUCAUGCAUAUGGCUCAUAUUAAUUGCUUUGGUUGUGCGGAUGCAUGUGUUUUCUGUAGCGGUGUUCACACCCCCACUGUUGUAUCUGACAUGGGGGGAUUAUGGGAGCACACAAUCCAGGACUUUGCUAAAGUAUGGAGACAGGAGGUGUUGUAGGGACUCUUUUUUUGUUUUGAGAGUUAUGAAAAGCUUUUAAUCCAUAGUUUUAUAAGUUAGAUGUUCAAUGUGAGCUAGUAAAGGUCAUUAGUGUUAGUAAAAACAUCAAAUCAAAUUCUAACAUGUCAAAAUGUACUUCAUACAUAACCCUUCCAUCCAAGUGGUUAUACAUUCUGAAAUGAGAACUGGACUCUGAAAUCGAGUUUAAAACAUUAUUCCUACUGGUCUUUUUGAAUUUUGAAGUUAUGAUAAUACCAUUAAGUGACAGUAAGAUCAUUUUCACUUGUUUACACUGUAUUUCUGAUAGAGACUGUAGAUUGAAAGCUAAGCUAAGCGAGGUUGUUUCUGAAAUGCAGCAGUUUGAUCAGAGUGAUGUUAUGGUUUCCCUGUGCAUGUGAGUGAGUACGUGUAUUGCGUGCAGACGCUUUUGUUCAGAACCCUUUUCCUAGUCAAAACAACACGUGUUAGCCAGUUCAGACCCACAUCAUGUUAGCAGUAGCUGACAGUCACUGUUCUGUCUAUAGCAGGGGAGGGUAGCGGAGCCUAAAACCAUUCUCAAGUUCUAAUACUUUUCAUUCAUUGCUAUAAAGACUCAGGUAGAUGUAAAAGUAGGAAAUGUAACUGAGUAAAAAGUAGAUUCCUUUUCUCACAGAUAUACUUGCGUAUAACUGAAACAGCAGCAUUUUGAAGGUGCUUAAGUCCAUCUAACUGCUUAAAUUUAACUAGUUAUUACCCACUUCUGUUCUGUAAUGACCUUGUAACAAAUCUCUGUGUUGAUUCAUCUCUACAUAAGCUGUAAACAUUUGACUUAUUCGCUAAUAUUUGCUCACUGUCAUUUUUACAUGUAUUCUGUGUCUUUAUUUAUAGCGUAUUUCUAAGUACACUUGGUGUUAGACAAAAGGAGACCAACACAAGAAACCUUAAACAUGUCCUAAGCUCUACCAAUCCAUGCUUUUAAUUGAUUGAUUGACCUCUGGUGUGCAAAUGCUGUGGAUGUUAAAGCGGAAUUCCUUGUUUCCAGAUUUCUGUAUAAUUAAUUUAAGAUGUAAACAAAAUACUAGCAGAAUUUUAGAAAGGUAAAAUAGUGCCCAAAGGCAGUCCCAAGAUGUAUAAGUUCACAAAUGGCUGUAUUUGCAUUGUAGACUUGGUGACCUCUGGUUCCUAUCACCACUGUUGUAAAGAUAUCAGAGUCUGAUCUCCACUACACCCCAUUUCACAGCAAACCACUUGGAAUGACUUUGUUUACAUUUCAAUGCUUGACUUUUGGAAAAAUUUUAAAACAAAUUGGUAGAAUUGCUCUUUAACAGUCUGUUAUUAUGCUUUUAUUUACCCACCUUAAAAAUAAAAAGUAUCAUCACAACCAACCCAACCUUGUAUAGAAGCCCCGAACUCAAAGGCUGCGGUCUCAUAAAGCUCCAUAAUGUGGGUCUUCUAUGUGAACAUGGCCUCAAUAAAGCUUCAGCAGUGUUGCUCUCAGUGAUGUUCCUCAAAUAAAUGAAGCUACAGAAAGGUUGUGAGAGAUCUUUCGUGAUUGAUCUAUGGUAAAUUUUUUUUUUCUUUUUGUACCAGACCUUUGAGUGGUCCCUCCUCUAAACUGGGGCUUCUGCAGUGUCAGCUAGUGAGAGAACGAGUUACAGCAUGUGUGGGUAUGGGGGGUGAUGGGAUUGGUCUCUGAGAUAUUAAUGUGUCUUCUUUUUGGUGUUCUUAUGACUUCUCGUUGCUGUGUUUUGUUCUUUAUUAAGGUGGAAACAGACCAACAAUAAAACUGAUUGGAUCAGUA